UUAUUAUAAAAUUGACAGUAACACAAUUUUAAUAACUGUCCCAAAAUUGACAAAUUGGGUAAUAACAAUUUCACAAAGACAGGCAACAGAAAUCAAUUUUGACUCUUGUGUGUCUUAUUGUAGUUUUAUUUUUUUGUUUUGGAAGCAAAGGUUUGGCUUAAAUAGCUAGAACUGGCUAAACACCAACAAAUGGAGUUUGACCCAGUCUGUUAAAGAUAGCGUGGUCGAUUUUGCCUUCUAUUGAAACCAAACCUUUAAUUUGUACAGAUAUAAUCAUCUAAUCUGAUAACGUUAUAGCUAUAUCUCUACAACUCUGAAAAAUUGAUAUCAAAGAAAUAUAAUAAGAUCGACUAAAUCAAAGAAAUAUAAUAAGUUGUUGAUCUUAGAUACACUUGUCUAUCUUUCAGUCAAUGUGACGUUUUACCGCUUUUACGGAACCUCUAAUUUCUAAGAUCUAAGUUCUCAGAACUUAACUCAUUCAUCUUAAUUCGAAUUGUAACUUUUUAGCUUCUAACUUAAAACGGUUUCAACGUUCUUUAUUUUCUUCUAUUUAUCAAAGCAAACAGAAACGUUGAUUUUUAAAGUUUUAGCUAUAGUCUUCAUACAUAUUUGUAAAAUUCGACUGAAAUUGAUUUUGAAAAAACAAAUUUAAUAAUCAAAUUAGAUUGAUGACAUGCCAUUAAAACUUGUAUCUAAAUGACUUCACCACUCGUAAGAAUAUUGCUAAACGUGCCCUCGUUGAAAUUCAAUUUCAUCUUACACAAAAACUAACAAUUAUCAUCAAUCGUAUUUACCGUCUAUGUUUUACUCUUAAUAGAUGAUAUGAAAAGUGUGAAAGACACUUGAAAUAAAAUCUUUUGGUGACGGAAAUAGUUUCUUUCUGCUCUUGCAAAUAACAAAUUAGUUUUGUGUUUCAUUCAAAUAAAGACAUGGUUAAAGAUAUUGAAUGAGGCACAUGAGGAAAGUAUGUCGUCAUUUGCCGACAGCGGCUUCGGGAGCGGAGGGUCCGACACAAGCAAAAACUGGAGAGAAUCGGAACGAACAUCAAUUGUGGAUAAAGAUGACUAUGGGUAUUUACAUGUUAAACAUGUAUUUGCGGCAAAAGGGAAUGGUAGCGGACAUCGCAAACCUGCCUGUUCAAAUGAGAACGAUCCAAUUCCAUUAUAUGUUGACAUUGCAAAACCAUCAUCCGUCGAUAUUGUGUCAGAACCAAAAGGUAUUGACGCAUUUAAACAAAGCGAUGAAUCGUCUGGAAUAAGAAAGAAACUGAGACAUUACGAGAUUAUCUUUCCAGACAAUAUGGCUGGACAGGAAAUCAAUGCGUCGGAACAAGUGAACACAGCACUGGAGGAAAUAUAUGCAAAAGAAAUUGAGCCGUCUAACACUCAAGAGGCCGAGGGUGCUGUCGGAAUGCGAAGUCUUGCACAAUAUUCAUCUUUCGCAUCCAUAAAAAGCGAUCAAGGAGAAUCAGUUGAAGAUUUUUAUGCCAUGGCGUGUAUAAUAUCACAUGACAGUCAUAUGAGAAAUGUGAGUGACAAUGUCUCGUAUUUAAACAAAGGUCGAUGUAGGGAUAGCAGCAGCAGUAGUAGUGUAUGCGGAUCAACUCCCAUUGAUACACCUGCUCGUUUAACAGAGAACUUUGAAGAAAUUGACUACUUCUACACUGAAAAUCAAUUUGAUAAGAAGGAUUUAGAUUUCAUGUAAUGGCACCAAAAGGGGUUAUGUGCUUUAAAAUAUACGAGCAGGAUGAGCAAUUAUCACUUUAUAAGCAAUUCAUUGUUUCCUCUGCGGUGUUUGGAUCAUUGAAAGCGUUUUCAAAACACUACAACGUCCAUUGGUUGCCUUAGGAAGAGUUCAAGGUCAGGCUGACUACAGGUUAUAAGGCACGUCAAACAGCGGAAUUAUGAUAAAAUAUAUAUGCCGAAUAUAAUCCGUCGUCGUCAUAAAGCAUGUCAAACAGCGGAAUUAUGAUAAAAGAUAUAUGCCGAAUAUAAUCCGUCGUCGUAUAUAAACAAAAUGGCUGUGUUUCAAAUUAAAUUAAUUACGCCUUAUAUGACUAAGAAUCAUGUUUGCGCGAGAACUAUGAAAUCAAUUUCAUAGUUAUUUCUGAGGAUGUUAUUUUUAAUCUCAAUUACAUUUUUCAGUGUAAAUUAUUAUUUUCAUCAAUCGAACAUAUCAUAUUAGUUAGUUUUCUUUUGUGCUAUUGAAUUUCAAAACCAGUUGAAUAAUUUUAACAGUUUUUCUCUUUUUGUGGAUUUUCCUUGAUGCAUUUUCCCCUUUAAUUUAUGUACAUUGAAAGAAUUUUAGCAUUUUUUCUUUCAGUUUGCUGAUUAAUUUUAGCAAUGGAAACUCGUGAAACAUUUUGAAUGCUAUCAGCUAUAAACUUUGAAGUGUUUUGCGUUGCAGUAGUUACUUGCCAAAUUAAAUUGGUUGAUUUGUUCCUAUAUCAAAAAAAGUCAUAGCUUUAGUAAAACAUUUGGUGUAUAUGUUUAUAUUUCUGUAAAAUUGAGUUUUUGUUAUAUAAAAUACUCUGAUUAAGAAUAUUUAUCGUGACAUUUUUAUUGCUUUCAUAGUGACUUUAUAUUCUACAUGUUCUAUAUUAUGUACAAUUUCAUAAUAUAUACAAUGUAACU